CGUGCGUGGUUGAAAAAGAAAGAGCAACCGCGCUGUUCGAGCAAGAGUAAAGCAAAGCGCGCGCACCGGCGGAGGCCCUCGGCGUUCUUCAGCAGCUCCGCCGCCGUAAAAAUUGUGUAUUUGGUCGAUACUCUCGUAUCCGAGCAAUGGAUUAUUCGAGUUGCCCGUUCUGUGAUUUGACAGUUCUGUCCGCCGAACUUGAAAGGCACGCCAACGGUCACUUUGAGGAGGUUGAGGAUGAUGAGGUCGAUGAGCAACUGGCGAGGGAUUUGGAGUUUGCCCAACAGCUUUCUCUCGCUCCUGCUUCACCUCCAUCAGCCAUGAAUAAUCAAGCAAUCGGUGAAUUACCAUGUUGGCAAUGUGAUGGAGACAUUAGUAUGGAGGAAAAAGUUUCUUGCUUGAUUGCUUUACAGACUAGGACUACUUUCCACAAGAUUGAAGGUGGCUUAAUGGCAUUGCUCAGAGGCUGUUUGGAGUUAGAACAUGGAAAUACAACCACUAUUGUGUCCGGUUAUAUUGAUCAUUUUCAGAGCAUUCAAUCCGAGGACAAGGGGUGGGGUUGCGGGUGGCGUAACAUCCAAAUGCUUAGCUCCCACUUGCUUGUGCAGAGGCAAGAAGCUCGGGAGGUUUUGUUUGGUGGUUCAGGUUUUGUUCCUGAUAUCCCAUCACUUCAAAGGUGGCUUGAGAUUGCUUGGGAAAAGGGUUUUGAUACACUUGGUUCUGAUCAUUUUGCUAACAACAUUUAUGGCUCAAGAAAAUGGAUUGGAGCUACUGAAUGUGCUGCCCUUUUCCGUUCUUUUGGACUUAGAGCAAGGGUAGUGGAUUUUGGUCCCAAGGAACUUGAAACAUUUUAUCCUUCUCUUCCUGGUUCAAGUCUUGGGAAAGAGGUAAAGAGAAUACAGGAUGGCGGAAAGAGGAAAGCAAUCCAGGUUCGUGGCCCGAUGGAUAGGUAUUUGUUGGUAAGGAAUCAUGAUACUACUCAAGCAAGUUCCAGUGGACUUGAAAAUUCAGGAGGUUCUAAUAUCCAGCUUGGUGACUCUAUGGGUAGCACAAGUGAUGAGAUUUCGGGAAAUAAGUUUACAAGGAAAAACAACGGUCGUCAGGUUCUCAUUGAUUGGAUCUGGAACUACUUUUCUGACAAUAAUUUUACCAAAUCUGGAAAUCAUCAGGUCAUUGUCAGUGACAAAACACCCUUGUACUUCCAACAUGAUGGACAUUCGAGAACGAUUGUUGGGAUUCAAGUCAAGCGUCAACAUAAUGGGAUGCUCCAGCACAAUCUCUUAAUAUUAGACCCUGGCCAUAGAACGGAAGAUCUGGAAAGAUCGCUUAGAGAAAAGGUAGGAUGGCAGAAGUUUGUAAAAAGAGGGGUUCACACGCUGAAAAAGCCACAGUACCAGUUGUGCUAUAUCGAUCCUGGAAUUGCAAGCGGGGAGGAAAAGGAGUUGCUUAAGACAAUGGAAAGCGUCUUUCUUGAAUUCUAGAGGAUCCUGUUGUACAUUUGAGACCCGGAUAGAAGGUUUUCGAGUCGUUUCUUGGCUAGAGGAACGGAUAGUUCGC